UAGAUUUUGCAAAAAGAAAGCAAACAAAACAAAUACAUAAGUGUAUACUCGGAGAAAAAGAAAAUAGGAAAAACCCUUGAGCAAGAAUCUCUCUACUUUUUCAGAAGCUUGAAGAAUGGACAAGGAAGCUAAACCAGCAACUGAUCAGGAUCCCAAAAUCGACUUGUUUGAAGAUGAUGAUGAGUUUGAAGAGUUUGAUAUUAAUCGAGAAUGGGACGAUAAAGAGGAAGGAAAAGAAAUAACACAACAAUGGGAAGACGAUUGGGAUGAUGAUGAUGUGAAUGAUGACUUUUCUCUGCAGCUUAAGAAAGAACUUGAAAGCAACUCAGAGAAGAAAUGAAAUCAAAAUUUGCAGCAUUUUGUUUGUUUAUUGAGCUCUCAAUUUCCCUAGCUCAGUAGAUCAAACUUUUGGCUGAUGAUAGCGCAUCAGCACCAGAAUGUAUUUCUACUGUUUGUUAGUUAAGAUACUCCAUGAUGUUUAUGAUAUGAUGUAUGAAACUUUUUAUUACAUAAACUAGAUUUUACGGUUAAAUCAAAUUCAUUUCACUUCU